AUGCCGCACUCACCAGAUGACGACACACUACUAUCCAGGAGAGGCCAUCUCUCCUUCCUCCAAUACUUUGACCCACAUGAUCCCCGUGGAAAAGGAAAACAACCUGCAACGUCUGGCUCCAAUACAUCUGGUCAACUACCAGUCAAAAUCAAAAACUUUCUGGCUAAUGAGAGGACCUUUCUGUCUUGGGCUCAAUUCUCGCUGAUAUUGGGAGGUCUUGGAAUUGCCCUUGUGAACGGAAGCAGUCAGAUAGGACAAGCAGCAGGCGUAAUAUUCACACUCUCAACCCUCAUAUUCCUCGUCUACGCACUAUGGAGGUUUUACGAACGUGCUGACCGCUUACAGAAACGUGAAUCUGGGGCUGCGUUUGAAGACAAGAUGGGGACAAGACUAAUUAUCAUUGUCGUGUUUUUCGCUGUGGGGGCUAAUCUUAUUAUGAAGCUGGUGGAUUUGAAGGGAAAAUAA